UUGACAAAAUCGCACCAGCUUGCGGUGUACAUUCAAGAUGGCGGAACUGUUCGCCAAGUACACCUGUACCAAUUGCCAGGAAGAUAUUCCCGGGAUUCGUGUUCACUGCGCCGUUUGCACCGAUUUCGAGCUAUGUCUAGCGUGUUUUGCGGCCGGUGCUGAGAUCGGUCCCCAUCGCAAUGACCAUUCCUAUCAAUUUAUGGAUUCCGGCAUUCUGUCCAUCUACCGCGGCAAGGGUGGAUGGUCCGCUCGGGAAGAGCUGCACCUGUUGGAUUCGAUCGAGCAGUACGGUUUUGGCAACUGGGAGGACAUCAGCAAACACAUCGAAACUCGCACCCCAGACGAGGCGAAGGAUGAGUACGUUUCGAAAUUUCUCAACGGUACGGUUGGGCGUCACACGUGGACCUCGGGCUACGAUCAGCGACCGCACCUGGUUGAUCACACAUCUGACGAUACCGGGCCACUGAGCCAAUUACUCGUUCAGAAGCUUCCGCCUAUGGAUUGUUCUAACGAAGAGUCGACUGCCCUGGGAUACAUGCCACACCGGGAUGACUUUGAGCGGGAGUAUGACCCUACUGCUGAGCAGCUCGUUUCGUCAUUGUCUCUUUCGCCAGAUGACGAGGAUGUCGACUUGCUGUUGAAAUUGGCUCAAGUCGACAUCUACACCAGAAGACUGAGAGAACGUUGUCGGCGAAAGCGUGUGGUCCGGGACUACCAGUUGGUGUCCAAUUUCUUCCGAGGCAAUGCCAAACGAGCUCAGAUGACUAGGGAUCAACGUGAGUUCCGCGAACGGUUACGAACCUUCUCACAGUUCUACACAUCGUUGGAAUUUGAGCGGCUUAUCGCAUCACUUGAACGUGAACGAGGCCUCCGAAUUCGACUUUCGGAGCUCAAUCGAUACCGCUGGAACGGUCUUCAGCGAAUGGACGAAUGUGUCCACUUUGAACAACAUGCCGCCGCGGCACAGCAUCGUAACACUGGUCCCUACGGACAUGGUCGUACGGACAACCGAAACAAAAGCGGCUCGUACGAGAUAAGCAAGGGACCGUCAGCGUUGUCGAACUCUCACCAGAUGGGAAGAAAAGGGUUCUACUCAAAUUGCAGCACAACCGAAAGCGACGCCCGAAGUUUAAGUUCCAUCGGCCAAAGGCACACGCACCACACCGACGACCGGGUCUUCUCCGACGGCUCAUACAGCAGCAAAAACUUCUCGGAUAGCUUACGGGGAACGGAUCCGUUGAAGCAGAAUCUCCAUCAGCACCACCACCACGGCGCUCACGCGGAUCCACGUCAUCAUCAGCAAAUGCAGCAGCCCGGCGCACAGCUGCUCACAUCAAACGAACUGCAACUGUGCAACUCCCUGCAAAUGCCAAUAACCCGGUACCUUAGCCUCAAGACGGUUCUGCUUGGGCGGCCUUCGUUCGACCAAGGAAUCUCGACCGUUGCAGAGGAUAUGGUCAAAAAGUAUCUAAUCAAGUCCGGGUGGCUGCAGACAAGUCCCCAAAACUAAAGAUCAAGUUGGUGCGCAGGAAGCAGCAGACACUUUAGGUACCCUUUAAUUGUUGUGUGUAGAAAACUAGAUUAUGAUAACUAGCGGCGAUCUCAAAUCGAUAAUUUGCUAAAUUUUCAACUUGAUAAAUAAUGAAAAGGUGUAAUCUGCCUAUUCGGUUUAAGCAAUAAACCGAUAAUUCUUUGAAGCAAAUUGUAACAUCUGCAACGCCGUUGUCUAUAAAACAUCAGAUAUCAAUUCAAUUGAAGAACCUUUUUAUUCAGGCAUCCCGCUUAAAAUCCAAAAAAAAAAAUUAAAAAAUUCAGGCAUCCCGUUAACUGAAUUUUCCUAAGGCAUUUAGUGAUAAAUGAUUAGUAACACUAAUAAACUGAUAUCAUUCUUAUCAGCCAUUCUCGUUUUAGAGCCCUUGGAACGUCGUUGAAUGUUGUAGGUACCGUUAGGUUAUAAAUAUCUUCUUGGGCUACAACAAUUUGAGAAGAGUAAAUCGCGGUAAAAAUGGCACAACAAUAAAAUCGUGCAGACUACACAAAUUUAGAGCAGUUGUCAUACGUUGGCGAUCAUUCAAAAAUUCUCCUCUGUGUUUAAUCGGUUUAUUAGUGUUAGCAGUAUGUUCACAAAUGAGUAGUUUGUAAAUAGUUAAUUCAAUAAAUUAUCAGUAAAUUUUACCGUAAUAAAUAAAUACAGAUCAUCAAAAUAAA